AUGUUUCAGCUGCCCAUACUGAAUUUCAGCCCGCAGCAGGUUGCGGGGGUGUGUGAGACGCUGGAGGAAAGCGGCGACGUGGAACGACUUGGACGCUUUCUUUGGUCGCUUCCAGUGGCUCCCGCCGCCUGCGAGGUCCUCGGCAAAAAUGAGUCGGUACUUCGCGCGCGCGCUGUAGUGGCCUUUCACACGGGCAACUUCCGCGAGCUUUAUCAUAUACUGGAGAACCACAAGUUCACCAAAGAGUCGCACGCAAAGCUGCAGGCGCUUUGGCUGGAGGCGCACUACCAGGAGGCUGAGAAGCUUCGUGGUCGUCCGCUUGGUCCAGUAGACAAGUACCGCGUGCGCAAGAAGUUUCCUCUGCCAAGAACGAUAUGGGACGGCGAGCAGAAGACACACUGCUUUAAGGAGAGGACGCGACAUUUGUUGAGGGAGUGGUACCUCCAGGACCCUUAUCCGAAUCCGAGCAAAAAGAGAGAGCUGGCGAACGCUACGGGACUAACGCCAACACAAGUGGGGAACUGGUUCAAAAAUAGGAGACAAAGAGACCGAGCGGCGGCGGCGAAGAACAGGCUACAACAACAGGUCUUGUCCGGUGGGUCUGUUCGGUCGUUGGCAGAUGAUGACGGCGCCGUAGAUCGACUGGGUCCAGCCUCAAGUCCCGAGGCAAGUCUCUCGAGCAAAGCCGCCACCUCCGCCAUUUCCAUCACCUCUAGCGACAGCGAAUGUGACAUCUAA